GAAGAAACAAACAGCUGUCUGCAAGCUGCACCACAGGAAACCCUUCCUGCGUUUCUCCUCCACUGGUUUGGCGUUAACCUCACCUCCAGCAGACACCAAAGGAAACGUCUCCCGGCAAAUGAAGCUUAUACCUCUUGCUGACUCCUAAAAUGGAUUGAGACUGACAUCCUUUGAGCAGUUGGAUAUCAGCAUAACAGAGGAUGGAGGACUCGCCUCACCUGUACAUCUCAGAAUUUGGAGACGGCGAGGACGUUGAAGAGGAGGAGGAAGAGGACGUUUAUCAGGAGGAAAGAGACAGUAGUCAUAACCCACACACUCACACACAACUAGAUCAGGAAACUGAGAAAGACUUGGACUGUUUUCUCUGCAAGCACUGUGAGCGGCGUUUCACCAGCAAACAAGGCUUGGAACGACACAUGCACACUCACGCUUUGGCAAAUGACGACACACAAACACACAAUAGCAAUACGGGCAUCAUCUCUUUUGGUUCAAUUUUAAGUGAGGAGCAGCAGGAAAAAGCGAACCCUCUGGACCCUGAAGGCUCAGUAAUGCAAGUUGAUUCUUCAUCCUCCUCUGGCCAUUCUGUUCUGUCAGCAGGAGAGCUCACUGCUCACCCACAGCAGCCAGGCGUCUUGGACGGACAUCAUGCCUGCAAGUACUGCGAAAAGAUAUUCACAACACAUACCAACAAGCGGCGCCACGAACGCAGGGUCCACGAGAAUCACCUGCAGCCCACACAUGUGGACAAAAACCCAAAGUCUCGUGAGGAGGAUCUUCAGAAAGUAGUCAAUGUGUCAUCUCAAAAAACACAGCUCAGUGACGGCACAGCACCUGUCGCGGUCCUGGGGAACGUCGUCCAACAUACAGAACAGUACAUGUUAGAUGUGUCCAGUGAUAUUUCAGAGAAUCUCAGCUUUUACAUUGAUGGGAAGAUAGUGUCGACGAGUACAGUCAGUAACUGUGAAGCGGUGGAAGUCCUCUCUGGGUCUUCAGCCUUAGUAGGACUGGACGCCCUGAUUCUCGACCCCGCCCAGAUCAGCCACGUCCUGACGACCGAAUCGGCCACCGCCAAGGAAAUACCCGGCCAGCCCCUCGCCAAGAGGAGAACAGCCACCCCGCCUCUCUUGCCACAAAUUAAAACUGAACUGGAGUCUGAGGUGGUGGUGUCUUCAUCCUCAUCGUCGCUUGUUUCUUCUCUGAUAGAAAACUUACUGCCGCAGAACACAGAGUCUACAGUUGUGCAAAAUGAAAGGACAGUGUUCUUGUCACCAAAGCUGAAGCAGCUCCUGGAGAAACAGGAUGGCCUUAAACCCACACUCGCCCUCAUCACAGACAGCCAGAAGCCAUGCUCCCCUAUCUCCCUCUCUGUCUUACCCUCUGGAACCGGAAGGUUUAAAAGGAGAACUGGAUCUCCACAGCAAAAUACCUCAAAUGAAGAUGCAUCGAUGGCAGAUACGGGAGAUUUUGAUGGUAGUACAGGACAGAUGGAAACUCAUCAUAGUUCACCUGUGACCCAAACAGUGAGUGAAAACACCUCUGUAUCUGUGUCGGAGUCGACAGUGAAGCCUGUUUUGACGGAGAGCUGGACCCCCACGACCAGUGGUAAUUCCUGCAACCAGCAACCUCUGGAUCUUUCCAAUACAGUCAAAAGAAAUGACGACGUGGCUUCAGCUGAUGCUGCACUGGAUUUGAGUUUGCAAAGAAAGAGUCAAGAUGACCCUGAAACAUUAAAAUCAGCCUCACGUUCAGAUUUAAACGCUGACGCCACGUGUGCGUUGGAGCAAGCGUUAGUGAAAAUUGGGGAGCAAAGCUUAAGCCUAAUGAAUCCCAAGGCUCCAUUAGUCACUGACUUUACUAUCGUCACAAGUUCAGAUAUUGUGACUCCAGUGGAGUCGCUUGCAGAAGGGCUGGUUUAUAGUCUGACCCUGCCUCCCAGUUCUCUGACUCCAUCGUCCCCCUCCCUCACCCCCGUUGCCCUGCAGCCAGCGUCGCCGUGCACGAUAGCGUUCGCUUCACCGGCCUCACACGCCAUGCUCCCCUCCGCACCUUCAUUAAUCACAGUUUUGGCACCUCCACCGCCCAUUUCCAGCUCUUUAAGUCAGCCUAUCCAGGUGUUGGCCCCAAACAUGUCAUCCGAACCCUUGGUCAUUUGUGCAGAGAAUGCAUUAAAUUCUUCAGAGUGCGAUUUAACUACGACUUUUGCCGCUACAAACUCUGCCAAUCUCGUCAGUCUUUCCCAACCCCUCAACCCGGCUCUCAAUCUGCCCGGCCACGUGUUCCUCACCGAUCCAAUCGCUCUCAAUCCACCCAUAGUUGAGUCCACCUCCGUGUCAGAAGUGCCAUUCACGCCCGCUGUAACUUUAAAUGAAUCCCUGCUCAACUCUUACAAUAUUGCCAGCAACACGGUGUUGAUCGAGUGCACGAUAGCUCUGGAGGCCCCGGGGAGGGUCGUCCCCGCCGGGAUUACCUUACAGGAAAAUCCAGCUGAGCCUCCAGCUCCGCCACAAAUGCUUGUAAAUCAUGUGGAGCAGCAGCAGAUUGUAUCAGUGCCCAACCAGCAAACUGUGGAUCCCACUCUUCUUGUGUCAUCAGUUGAAGAAUCAGUAUCUCUGUCUACUGCCAGUGCUGCGAUAUCCGAUAGCCCCGCUGUUGCUGAGUCAAGCCCCGAGCCCAAACCUGUUGUUGAUCCAGAGCCGCCGGCCGUAAAAGUUGAUGAAGCGGCUGACAGUUCUGUUCCCGCUCCCGAAGUCUCAUCUAAAACCUCUCCCCCUCCUGAGAAGGCAGAGGAGGAGGAGGAGGAAUCUACAAAUAACACAACAGAUGAUGUUGAGCAUCAGACUUUCACCAAGAACUUCGUCUGCAAUGUGUGUGAUAAGCUUUUCCAUUCAAUGAAAGAACUAAGCCAUCAUGUGGGCGACCACGCUGAUGAAUGGCCCUACAAAUGUGAGUUCUGCUUGCUACUCUUUGGCAAACCCUCCGCUCUGCUGGACCAUCGAUCAAACCUUCACGGAGUCGGAAAGACCUACGUUUGCAGCGCAUGCACAAAAGAAUUUGUCUACCUGUGCAAUCUGAAACAGCAUCAGGAGGAGCUGCAUCCCGGCCAGCAGUGCACGCACACCGAGGAAGAAAAGGGAAAACUGAGACCUCAAAACUACAACAACUCCACUAAGGUCGAGUCCGAGCCUCCUGUUCCCGACGCUCAAGUGGAACCCAAGAAAACGGUGAAGAAGGAAGAGGGCGAAGUCGACGUGUCUGCCGAAGAACUCUUCACCACAAUUAAAAUCAUGGCCUCAGAUGGGAGCAAAAUCAAAGGGCCCGAUGUUCGCCUUGGCAUUAACCAACAUUAUCCCAGCUUCAAGCCCCCUCCUUUUCCGUAUCACAACCGGUCGCCUGCAGGCUCGGUGGCUUCAGCUACCAACUUCACCACCCACAACAUCCCACAAACCUUCAGCACUGCUAUCCGGUGCACCAAGUGUGGAAAAAGCUUUGACAACAUGCCAGAGCUGCAUAAGCACAUCUUGGCUUGUGCCAACGCCAGUGAUAAAAGGCGAUACACACCCAGAAAGAAUCCUAUCCCUUUACGGCACUUUGCCAAAACUCAGAAUGGAGUGCUGUCGACGACGAAUUCCACCAACAGCAUCAACGCCUCCAACAGAGUGAGCCAGUCAAACAGAGCCAAGCCCAACCAGGAAGCCCCGGUGAAGUUCAAGGUGCUGAACAAAAGGAAGAAAAAGCUGGUGCAGAGGGUCAUGCCGCAGAGACACAAAACCGUCCCUCCGUCGAAUAAAGCGUCACCGCCACAUCUGGAUGAGCAGAAUGAGAUAUUCAUCUGCCCCCACUGCAGCAGAGAGUUCUCGAUGCGUCGCAGCAGAACCAAACACAUGGCUGUCUGUCCCCAGAAGCCGACGGAGGCGAAGAAAAGGAAGGAGGGCGGGAUCUCUGUGACCAAGGAGAACGACGGGCGCCUGCACAGAGGCGUUUCCCGGGCAGAAGAGAAGCAGCAGUCGUCUCCCCCUCACAAGACGAGACUCCAGACGUCCGGCUCUGCAAAGAGACCCGCCGUCCUCCCUGUGCAAACCCUCUUCUCCAGCAAAAGAAGUAAGAUUAUCAUAAAGGAGAGCACACAGCCAAAGCAGGACGCUGCCACUCUGAACGAACUUCCCAUCGUUCGCACUUUCAACCCCGCCAUGCGGCAGUACAGCAGAGUGCAGCACGGCAACAAAGGAGCGCCCAUUAAGUUCACCGUGGUGAAACCUCAGCGUGCGCCGCAGAAAGACGAGUUUCCUCCGUCCCACGGCCGAGAGGACGGGAUCGGAGCGGUUAUCGGCGGCACUGGGCAGGGCGCCACUGCGUGACGGGGAGCAGCAGGCUUCUGUUGGAUAAAUCUCCAUCAGUGAUCCAGAGGCGGGAAACUGGGAACCACACUGUAAACCCAACGGACUUGUAUGCUGCAUCAUCCUGUACGAUAAAUGACUGAACACACACACACACACACACACACACACACACACACACACACACACACACACACACACACCAACAACUGAGGCGAUGCUGCAUAACAGAGUGUUUGAAUGCUUACGUAGUGGCUCGAAGUUUUGUAGGUUUUCUCCUUUGUUUUGCAAACAGUCGGCAGCUGGGAUUUGCACUUGAAGUUAAUCUGACUGCUACGUGUCACAAAUUGGAAAUGAAGAAGGGGGAAGCGAGGCGGAAGGCGCUUCUCAUUUCCUGCUCGCUGGGUUGUUUUAGCCAGGAUGGCAGGUGGCAAUCAUUUUCAGCAUGCAUUUGCACUUUUUUCUUACCUGUUGUCUGUGGCCUUUUGGUUUUGAACUCUUACUGCAUGCCGUCUGUGAGCUUCGAUUACAGCCACAUUAAUUUAGUUUUGUUGAUGCAGUCAGGCCUUAAACACUGAAUCUGAUGACCGUACUUCAGUUUUGCAGGCAGUAACAAAUUUCAGUACAAGGAAACACACAGUAAAUAUCAGUAAAUAUUGAUGUGGAUGAUCGUUUCUUUAGCACAAGACUUACCAACAAGAAUAACCUGCUCUGUAGUGCAAUGUAACCUUUGCCUCAAGCCUCCUCUCAGCAUUUCUAUGACUGAUGUCGGCAACACGAGUUGAAAGGAGCGAAGGGAGUUUCUCAUGAUGUGAAUGUAACUUUAAGAUUUAUUGCGACGGCCUUUUUCGAAAUUUCACAUGAUUUACUAUCCGGUCGGAUCAGCUGCUACUUUGUGUUGAUAUGAAAGUUUGAGAAAUAAUAAAUAUAGAAAAAUAAAACUUUUAUGUGCCAUCACAUUUAGCAUGAUGCUAAAUGUGGCGUAAAAGUGGUGAAAUGUGAAAAUGCAGCUCAGCGUUUCCCAAAUGAAGAAUUUAUUUAUGAAUGAUUUUGAUUGUUUGUUCACUUUUGCUUGUAAACGCUCAGACUGACUUGCAGCUAAAUCGCGCGCUUGAUCUUUGGGACCAGCAUCCCUCCAUCCAUCUUCACUACACUGCGGACAGGUUUCCAGUGCAUCACAGUGCAGACACAGAGACACACACACACACUGAAAUGACACACUGGAGAAUUACAGCCAUCUGUUCACCUCAACUACGUGGUUUUUUUUUAAACUGAGGACACCAGAAUCAUGGAGAUAAAACUUGCACAUAUCCCAUACAGCCCGCCCAUCACAAAUAAAUUCUUUGCUUCUGGGAAACUUUACAGUUUGUUGUAUUUGCACGGAAACCCCGAAACAAAAGUACUUAAUGAUUAUCUUGCCUCUUUCGCAAAAGUGGGUUCACAUUUCAACGGCGUUGCCUGAACCAGCUCCAGUGUUUGGCAUCACUGCAUUUAUUUAAAAAAAAAAAAAAAAAAGAAGAAGUCUAAUAUAUUUUCCGUUGUCCAGUUCUGUUAAA